GAUCGACCGGCUCAAGGUACCGAAGAGUGGAAUCAAAUGCGCAGAAUCAAUCACAAGGAAGUGGAGAGGAAGCGUCGUGAAACCAUCAAUGAAGGCAUCGGUAUGCUUUCUGCCCUUGUGCAAAAAGAAUACUCCCAGCCUGAACGCAAUAAAGGUGCCAUCCUCCGAAAGGCAGCACAGUAUAUUGAGAAGCUGAAGAACAAUGAGACAAACCUGACGGAACGCUACACACUUGACAAGCUGCUCUCGGAUCAGACCAUUGCAGACUUGCAAAGUAAGCUGGAAAAGACAAAGCAAGAGUGUGAGCGAGCAUGGAGGGAAGUGGAUAUCUGGAAACGUGCAGCU